UUACAAUUCAUCCUCCACUUUCACUCCAACGAUGACCUUAACGACAUUUGGGUUCUCGCAGAAUAUGAACAGAACAAGAGUAACAUCCAAGAUGAGAAGGAAAAUGGCGCUUCGAGUUUAUGCGAGCUCUUCAAGGACCCGGCAUCUUUUCGGCGACUAGUUCUUGUCGCGGCCAUACAGGCGUCCGUCCAGAUGACCGGAGUCUCAGCAAUCCAAUACAUUUCCCCAAGCAUCUACAAACAAGUCGAAGUUGGGACAGCGCAGGCACUACUGUACCAAGGCAUUUCCUACAUCUGGGGCAUUGCCGGUCAACUAUGGUGCACCGUCCUCUUCAUCGACCGCAUCGGACGAUGCUGGCCCCUAAUUCUUAGUAAUCUUACCUGCUCCGUCAGUUUCAUCGUCACAGCUGCCGUUAUUGCCAGGUUCAACGACAUCGGCCCAUCUGCGCAAAAGGGUCUCCUCUGGGCGUUCCUCGUCUUCGGAUGGAUCUUUCAAUUCACCUUCUCCAUGUGCUGUGGCUCGCUCUCCUGGGUAACUCCCUCAGAGAUAAUUCGAUACCAAACCCCGAGCUCAUGGGGUCGCCAUUGGCUGCCUCGUCAGCUUCGCCUUCAACACAAUGAUCGGACAGAUCACAGAUCCUGGUGAGUUUUUUUCUUUCCAGUCACAAGGCUGGCGGUAUUUCCUCCUCUUUGUCAUCACCAAUGCCGUUUCCUUCUGGGCAUUUUUGCCAAAGACCAAGGGCAUCCCUCUUGAAGAGAUGAAUCGCUUGUUCAAAGAGACAGGUUGGUUCAUUCCGACAAAGAAAAGCAACCGUUAUACCACCCAGCUCGCAGUCACGCCGAAGGAGAUCGAGGAGAAAUCUGGGACUGCUCAUGUGGAGUCCUCGCCCUAAGUAUAUCUCUUCUGGCAUGCAGUCCGGAUUCCUUCGAUAUUAUGGGGAGCGCACGCCUAAUAUCGUACGCAAGGGCGGGAAGGGCGGGUCGUUGGAGACAGAGUCCUUGGGUAACUCGGAAGGCUACAGGGAUCAGUAUGUUAAACUUUAAUUUGAA